AUGCAGCCUUCGCCAUGGCAUGAGAAAGAAAACGAAGUGCUAACAGAGUCCGACAACGAAGCGAUCAACGACUACAAGCAGCAGUGGGAAGCCACGCCACAGGCGCUUCUACUCGAGCUGGCCCCGUCCCUCCGAUGCUCAUGCACAAGACAAACCAACGCAAGGGGACACGCCGACGCCGACGACGAUGAUCGAGGGCAUGGGCUGAGUACUGAAUUCGACGCCCAGGUCCCCGAAGAGUCCAUGGACAUGUGGGGCCCCAACCACCUCUUCACGUUCCCCGCGCAUGGCCGAUGCAGAACUGGCGCGGCUGCGAAGGGGGAUGACUGUACUUCGUAUUAA